AAAGCGUAUCUCCCCGCCCCUUGAUACGCCCCCGUUUCCUACACUGCCAGCAGAGCCAAGAUGGCGGCGGAGUUGGAGUACGAGUCAGUUCUGUGUGUGAAGCCCGACGUCAGCGUCUACCGUAUUCCGCCCCGGGCCUCCAACCGCGGUUACAGGGCAUCUGACUGGAAAUUAGACCAGCCUGACUGGACUGGUCGUCUCCGAAUCACUUCAAAAGGGAAGAUUGCUUAUAUCAAACUCGAGGAUAAAGUUUCAGGGGAGCUCUUUGCACAGGCACCAGUAGAGCAAUAUCCUGGCAUUGCUGUGGAGACGGUGACAGAUUCCAGCCGCUACUUUGUAAUCCGGAUCCAGGAUGGUACUGGACGCAGUGCUUUCAUUGGUAUUGGCUUCACAGAUCGGGGUGAUGCCUUCGACUUUAAUGUGUCUUUGCAAGAUCAUUUCAAGUGGGUUAAGCAAGAAUCCGAGAUCUCCAAAGAAUCUCAGGAAAUGGAUUCUCGUCCCAAGUUAGAUCUGGGCUUCAAGGAAGGACAGACCAUCAAGUUGAGUAUUGGGAACAUUACAACCAAGAAAGGAGGUGCUUCCAAGCCCAAGACUGCAGGGGGUGGGGGCCUAAGUUUACUUCCACCCCCACCAGGAGGCAGAGUCACUAUUCCCCCACCAACUUCCUCAGUUGCCAUUAGCAAUCAUGUCACCCCACCACCCAUUCCAAAAUCUAACCAUGGCGGGAGUAAUGCAGAUAUCCUCUUAGAUUUGGAUUCUCCUGCUCCUGCCACGACACCAGUACCUGCUCCGGUUUCUGCAGCCAGUGACUUGUGGGGGGACUUUAGCACUGCAUCCAGCUCUGUUCCAAAUCAGGCACCACAGCCAUCCAACUGGGUCCAGUUCUGAGUAGCAUCAGUGGGAUGUUAAGGACAGAUCUGAAGAAUGAAAAAUGACCUUGAGGGCACCAAUCUGUGAGGGAAGUUAGGCAUCCCUUCCCUCCCCAGAACCAAAAUUACCGGGCAGUCUUUUUCAUGGCUUCUCCUUUUGUUCAGGCUGGUUUAUGUCACUCCCCUAUGUUGUUACCUGCUGCACAGCCGAGACGAUAAUCUCUCAUCUCCGGUUCACAAGAAGACAGGGGAAUCGGGCAUCUUACCAGACGAGUGGCUGACUGCAGGGUUUAAAAGGCCAGGGACUCUUUGAAGGGGACAUGACCCCCAAGAGCUACAUAAUUUUUCUCCAGUCUUAAAUUCUUCACCUUAUUUCAGUAUCAUCUCAUGACCCUGUGUGCCUCAGUGUGAAGCCCUGCUUAGCCAUUUCAGGGGGAAACAAAAACCUUGAAACUUCCUUUUCCACUAACCCAACACUAAAAAUGGACACACUGACCUCAUUGUUUAAGAAUCCAGAAUGCUGAGAGGGGUAGGGAUGGAGAAAGCUGUCCUGGGCCUCCACUGUGUGUCUGCCUUGAGGCUCAUGCUAUCCAGUGACCAGCCAGUGCUGGUGCAGUGCCGUCGCCCUCUUGUGCGUUAACAUGUCUCUUGCUAUACGAGGGCUGUUUUGGUGGCACCUCCACUGUCCUUUCAUUGGUCAGACAGUUCGACAUCUUUGGUCAGGAGGUGUCUCUUGGAAGAAGGAGGUUCAAGGGGCUGCAUUUUCUAAGUUAUGUUCUAGAGCAGUGUUUACUUACCUGCAGCUCCACUAAUUCCCUUUGAAGCACGGUGUUACUUUGUAAGUUGGCCCAUCAUUUGACCUAAAGCUGAAAGGCUUAGUGUUUUCAACCUGAUCUGGAGAGCAGAGAGGUUGAAAGUACUUAAUUCUUGUUCAUACCCACAUUGCCUUGCCGCCUGGGUAUCUGGCUCUUUUCCACAAUCAUCUACUUAUUUAUUUCUUAGUACAUGGAGUGCUUUGAUAGGAAGCUGCAACUACACGUAUUGCCGUUUAUGAAGGGAGCUGGAGAGUUACAACUUCUGCUGUAUUUGGUUUUGCUCACGUGAAGGCUUUGAUACCCAUCACCUAGGUAAAGCAAAGUUGCUCUCCUAAUACUAACUGUUUGUUCUCUUUGCCCCACCAUUCAUUCCUUCUACAAUGCUGUGAAAAAUUCCCUUUCUUGGAUGAAUGGGUACUAGCUGUUUAGUUUGUUCAUAACAAUUUUGAGGAUGAAAUGGGAGGGCACUGUUUCUUCCCUUUGCACCUCUGCAGUGUGCAUGCUCUGCCUGAAGGGAGGUCUUAAAAUAAUCUUUUUUAAGCAGAGCACUGCUCAGCUCUGGUUUAUGGUGGUACCAAGGAUUGAACCUGGGACCUUGGAGUCUCAGGCAUAAGAGUUUUGUGUAAACUGCCGUGCUAUCUCCUUGGCGCCCCAAAGGGAGUUCUUAUAUUUAGUUUCAAGAUAAAUUCUUUCUCCUGGAUUUCCUUCUUGAUAUUUUUUGUUGUUUUGUUUCGUUUUGUUUUUAAUCAUUGGGUCCAUUUUGUUUUUUCAUUGCCUCCCCUUCCGGGCAGCUCUAUUCUUACAGAGCCAUGGUUGGACAUUUUAAAAUUCCAAUAGAAAACACUAAAAGGAAAGUCUAUAGAAUCACUAGUGACUAACUACUGGGAACCUAUUUUCUCACUCUUCUUCCAUAUCGUGUUCUUUGUAUUCUUGAGAUGAUAAUAUAUUAUGUAUUUGAAUUGCUGAAAAAUUGAAAAUGGAGUUUAAGAUAUGUAUAUAGAGCAUAUGCUGUAUUGGUGCAAUAAUGGUAAUUAAAAAUUAUGGAAAAAGGCAA